UUCGUUUAGGUGCCAUUAUGUAUCAAUUCAUGUUUCCCAACAGCUUCACUCGCUGUCAAUAAACGACCCUUCCUCUCUCUGUUCCGGACACAUCACAUGGUACGAUCAGGUGACUGGCGUGAUCGGAACGUCCAGCCCCCAGAUAGGAACUUGAUGCUUACAUAGGGGCUGUAGGAGUGAAGCUAGGGCCGGAGGGGCAGUGACCAGGUAGCACCAACAUCGCUUUCUACGCUACCUGUGCCGCAGUUCAGCCCCUCCUCCCCAGCCUUCACCCUUACAUUCUUCAGUAUUGUGACUGGGCGUCCCCUAGAGAGAGAGGCGCCGCGGCCGCACACCGACAUGAAGAUCAAGGAUGCCAAGAAGCCGUCUUUUCCAUGGUUCGGCAUGGAUAUUGGUGGGACUUUGGUCAAGCUUGCUUAUUUUGAACCCAUCGAUAUCACAGCAGAAGAAGAGCAAGAAGAAGUUGAAAGCUUGAAGAGCAUCCGCAAAUAUCUGACUUCCAAUGUCGCAUACGGUUCCACGGGCAUCAGAGAUGUUCAUUUGGAGUUGAAAGACUUAACUCUCUUUGGUAGAAGAGGAAAUUUACAUUUCAUUCGAUUUCCGACUCAGGACCUCCCUACUUUCAUUCACAUGGCAAGAGAUAAAAACUUUUCAACAUUGCACACGGUCUUGUGCGCAACAGGAGGUGGGGCUUAUAAGUUUGAAGAAGAGUUCCGGAUGAUUGGAAAUCUUCAGCUACACAAAGUAGAUGAACUUGAUUGCCUUGUUAAAGGUUUGCUGUAUAUAGACUCUCUCAGCUUUAACGGCCAAGCAGAGUGUUAUUAUUUUGAGAAUGCCUCUCACCCAGAAAGAUGCCAGAAGAUGCCUUUUAACCUUGAUGAUCCAUAUCCUUUACUAGUUGUGAACAUUGGAUCUGGUGUCAGCAUCCUUGCAGUUAACUCCAAAGAUUCCUAUAAAAGAGUUUGUGGCACAAGCCUAGGUGGUGGGACAUUUCUUGGCCUCUGCAGUUUGCUGACCGGCUGUGAGAGUUUUGAAGAAGCAUUGGAAAUGGCCUCAGCAGGAGACAGCACGAAUGCUGAUAAAUUAGUCCGUGACAUAUACGGUGGAGACUACGAAAGAUUUGGACUCCCUGGUUGGGCAGUUGCAUCCAGUUUUGGGAACAUGAUUUACAAAGAUAAGCGGGAGUCAGUCAGUAAGGAAGACCUGGCUCGUGCCACUUUGGUGACCAUAACAAAUAACAUUGGAUCAAUUGCAAGAAUGUCUGCUGUUAAUGAGAAAAUAAACAAAGUUAUUUUCGUUGGCAAUUUUCUUCGAGUAAAUACGCUUUCUAUGAAGCUUCUUGCAUAUGCACUGGAUUACUGGUCAAAUGGCCAGCUCAAAGCUUUGUUCUUGGAACAUGAGGGUUACUUUGGUGCAGUUGGUGCUCUUCUAGGAAUGCCGAAUUUCUCCUAACUUUGCAUUACCUUCAUGUGUUUGUUAAUUCUACCUGUGAAGUUUUUUGUUUUUUUUUUAUUUCUUAUUUCUGUGGGUACCAAAGGAUAAAACGGCACAGUUUCUUCAUUCAUUGUUAGCUGCUGAGACCAAGGAAGAAUUCUAGUAAACCUGUUGAAUUCUGCAUCAACCUGUAGGUUGGAUCUGUUAAGCAUUUUGAAAUGCUCUUUUUUUCUAAUUAUAAAUGAAGUUGUGUAUAUAGAGCCAGUAUUUAACAUAAAAAUAUUUAUCAAA